AUGCGCCUUACGACGCUGCUUCUUGCAGCUACAUCGCUCGUCGGCGCGGUGUUCGUUGACGAGGUUGGCGAUAUCGAUUACCACCAUGAGCUCAUUGGCGUCCCCCAAGUCGAGACCACCCUAUUCCACAAGCCCCGGCGCGACGAUAAGGCCUCGCUACUCUACACCCUCAGCGAUGUUGGCGUUCUCGGAGCUGUCAACCCUAGCAACGGCGCUGUUGUUUGGCGCCAGUUCCUGACGGGAAACAUCACAAAUGGCGGCGGACACUUGCGAGCGGCGGAGGGCGAAGAUUGGGUUGUAUCUGCGUACGGCAGCUCAGUGCAUGCCUGGAACGCCUUGUCCGGCAGGAACGCCUGGUGGAUCGAUUUUGUGGGCACAAUCAAAGAUCUGGAAGUCAUGGAGAUGACAGAAAACGGACGCAAAGAUGUUCUGGCUCUCUUUGAGGAGGAAGAUGGCUCGACCGUCCUGAGAAGGCUCAACGGCGCCGGCGGUACCGUCGUUUGGGAAUUCAAGGAUGCGAGCAAGACCAACCCGCUACAGGUAUCCAACAACAUUGAGAAAAUCUUCGUCGUCAGCCUUUACGGAAACGACGGUGCGUGGGCUGUGAGAGUGUCUGUCCACGACACUCUUACUGGAAAGCGUAUCGACGAUAUCAGCCUCGGCAGCAAAGGCGACGUUACGGAUAAAAGAGAUGUCAUGUUCGUUGGCGCCAACUCUGCGUCUCCCAUCGUUGCCUGGCUCGAUAGCGAUCACACAAAGCUCAAGGUCAACGUUCUGGGCACGAAGUCGAAGCAGGAGUUUGCUCUUCCGUUCCCGAAGACCCUUGAUAUAGCUAUUCAUGCCCCGCAUCACCUGAAUGCGGAGCCGCAUUUCUUGGUGCACAGCAGAUCUUCCGACAGCCACAAGGGCGAGGUCUACCACAUCAACAUCAAGAAUAAUGCUGUCACCAAAAACCACGAGCUGCCCGUACUUCCUGGGCUGGGCGCUUUCUCGACCAGUUCGGAGGGCGCCAAUGUCUGGUUCACGCGCAUCACCGAGGAGGAGGUCAUCCUUACCUCGUCAAGCUCGCAUGCCAUUCUCGGAAAGUGGGCGCUCAAGGAAGGAACCGAAAGAUUUGCGGCUCUUCACGCCGUCUCUGAAGUUAUCAAGAAGGCCGCCGACAACUUCGCUGUCCGCUGCGCCGCUGUUACUACGCUGGAUGACUGGGUCUUGGUCCGCGACGGAGAGCAGGCCUGGGCUCGCCCUGAAGGUCUCACAGGGGGUGUUGCCGCAGCCUUUGCAGAGAUCCCUGAAAGCGAGGACCUCGCUAAAACUCUCGAAGCUGAGGCGCACGACAAUGUCCUGUCUGCUUACAUUCACCGUGUCCAACGUCACUUUGAUGAUCUCGCCUACUUGCCUGACUACCUCGCCUCCAUUCCUCAGCGCCUGGUUAGCAGCAUUACUGGAGCCGAACUUUCAUCCAAGACGGAAGGUCUUUCUCGCGAUGCUUUCGGCUUCAACAAGAUUGUGGUUCUGGUGACCAGACGAGGCAAGCUUUUCGGCAUCGAUAUCGGCAAGCAUGGCAAAGUUAUUUGGAAACUCCAUGCUGUUGACAUCGCCCCCGGGAAUAUCUGGGAUAUCAAGGGUAUCUUUGUCGAAGAUGCAAAGUCCACCGUUACUGUUCGCGGCUACCUUGGAGACUACGUCGUUGCCAGCACAGACACUGGGAAGAUGCUCGAUUCUAUGCCUGAGGGUUCGUGGGUGCAAACUCAAGCCGCCGUCAUUGUCGAUAGCCCCUCGGGCCCAUGGCUUGCCCCCGUUGGACACGGAGGCGCCAUCGGUGAUGUUCCUGCUGCUUGGAUACCCACACAAACUGUCGUCGUUCGCGGCUUGAAGGGCGAGCUCAAGGGCCUGACCUACAUCAAUGAGGAGGGCACCGCCAAGGAGCAGGUCGCUUGGGAGUUCGCGCCGCCAACGGGCUAUGAGAUUGUCGAUAUUGCAACCCACCCUGUCCACGAUCCUAUUGCUUCCAUCGGGCGUGUUCUCGGCGACAGGCGUGUCAAGUACAAGUACCUGAACCCCAACACCGUUGUUGUUUCUGCCUACAACACUGCCAAGUCUUCCCUCAACAUCUACCUGAUCGACUCGGUUUCCGGUUCCGUUCUCCACUCAGCCACGCACGAGGGAGUCGAUGGCAACAAGAACAUUGAGUGUACUCUCGCCGAGAACUGGUUCGCUUGUUCCUUCUUCGGACAAUAUGCUCUUAAGGACGAUGCUGGUCAGCCUCUGUCUGGACAAACUCUCAAGGGAAACCAGAUUAUCGUCUCUGACUUGUACGAGAGCGAAUACGCCGACGACAGAGGCCCGCUUGGUGAUGCUGCUAACUUCUCUUCUACCGAGCCUGUUGAUACCCCGACUGGCUUGCCCCUUCCCUCCGUCAUCAGCCAAGCUUGGAUCUUGUCUGCGCCUCUGGCAGCUCUUGCUGUCACGCAGACUCGUCAGGGCAUUACCAGUCGCCACGUUCUUGGCUACCUACCAGAGUCUCACGCCAUCGUCAGUCUCCCCCGUCAGCUCCUGGAGCCGAGACGUCCAGUCGGACGCGACCCGACGCCAGCGGAGAUGGAGGCCGAGGGCCUUAUCAGGUACCACCCCGCCAUUGAAAUCGACCCGAGACAGGUCAUCACCCAUCAGCGCGACGUUAUUGGCGUGCAGAAGAUCAUCACCUCACCCACUAUUGUAGAGAGCACCAGCUUGGUUUUCUCCUACGGCAUCGAUGUCUUUGGCAGCCGUGUCGCGCCUAGUUUUGCUUUUGAUAUCCUCGGCAAGGGCUUCAACAAGAUCAGCCUGAUCUCGACUGUCCUCGCACUCACUGUUGGUGUCGCUGUAUUGGGACCCAUUGUUCGCAAGAAGCAGACCAACUUGCGUUGGGCGUAG